AUGUUACAAGCACUCUCCAGCAACUCACGGUGUGGCUCUCUUUACAAUCACAUUUGUCAUUCCCUCCCCUCCCGUUACCAUCACAUAUUUCCCCUCCCUCUCGCUACAAUCACAUCAGGCCAGCGUGCCAUCCGAAAGGCCAUCUCAGCGCUUCUCGAUGCGUGCCAGCUGGCGUCGCCGCCCGUCCUUGCGUGCGUGCUCGCUGACGUGGCGGCGGUGGCAGCUUCACUGAACCUUCCUUUUCUCAAGUCUCAAGCCCUCCAAGACAUGGGAUCGCUGGAGAGUGCUUCGUCCUCUCUGCAAGCCCACACAGUUGCCACCAUCCCUUCAUCUGCUCCCACCAUUCCUUCCUCUGCCCGUCCUGCCACUCCACCUGCUCCGUUUGUCUCAUCUGCCAUCCCACCACUAUCACCAGCACAGCCACCACAACCACCACCACAAGACCUCCUGCCAGCGCACACCAAGCGAGCUGUCGUGCUGCGAGUGGCCCGAUUGGCCCACGAGCCCUGGCAGCCAAUCGCGGUGCGCCAGCUGGCGCUAAGGUGGCUGCUGGCGCUGGAAGUCGACGGGGUGGCAGCGGGGGGAGGGGAUGGUGGUCUUGCUGGAAAUCAGCCGCAGCUUCACAUGCAGCAGCAGCAGCAGCAGCACGCACUCUCACAGCAGCACUCACAUCCUUACACACAGCAGCACAGGAGGAGGCCCAUCCUGGCAGCACCCCAGCUAGCAUCAGCUCUCUCCAUCCGCCUCUUCGAUCCGCUCGCCCUCAAGGCUGCCAAGACCCUCGCCUUCGCCCGCAUCGCCGCCGCUGCGCUCUGCUCCUCCGCGCUCCCCGAAUCCGCACGCGCCGCCAUGUCAGCAUCUGCCAUGUCAGCAUCCGCCACGUCAGCGUUUUCCACGUCAGACGCGGCUGCGGCGAGUCAAUCAGGGGAUUCCGCUGCUGCUGACGCGUUCCUGUCCGCCAGCCGCCUGCAGCAGCAGCUGCUGCACGAGUCCAUGGCGGCCCUCUCUCUCUUCUACUAUCUCCCACCUUCCUCCCUCGACGCACUCCUUGCCCUCCGCACUCUCCGCUGCUUCCUCACUGCCACGCCCCUUCCCUUCCUCUCCUCCCCCCUCCUUUCCUCCCCCCACCUCCCUUCCUCUCCCCUCCUCUCCCUCCCUUCCUCCAUACCUCUCUCCCACUCCCACUCCGACGUCUCCCAAUCUCUUUCCUCCCUCCCACUACACACCCACCACCCCUUGACCAUCAACAUAGCAUCACCAGAGCACGAGACCAACAGACCAGGCCUUCCAGGCCUUUCCAGGCAGCACUCCCUUCUAGCACCUGGACUCUCCUUUCCCGCACCUCCCCCAUCUAUCCUCUCAUCCGUGCAAGCCUAUCUGCUUAGCACGCUAACAGCCAUGCCUGACCACAUCCCCAACCUCCUCUUCUUCCUCUCCUGCCUCUCUCAGUGCCCCCACCACCACCCCCUUUCGCGUGCCCUCCAUCGCACCCUUUUCUCCCAGCUCAUCCCCCUCCUCAGCCAACUCUCUCCCACCCUCCCUCCUGAUUCAUCUGCAGACAAAGGCAUUCAACAUCCUUCUCUUUCUGCCACUGCUGACGCUGCUUGCACUGCUGACCGCGAUCCGUAUAGCCUUUCCCCUCUUUCAUCUUCUCUUUCUCUCCCUCCUUCUCCUCUUCUUCCUCCUCCUCCGCCUCCGAUUCCUCCCCUCCCUGCUCCGUUCACCUCCACCGCACGAUCUGCCAGGUCAGCGGGAUAUCUGACGGCCCAGCCGCUCCUGGUGCCUCUCUCCCUCUGCUCCGUGCCGCGCUACCUCCCCCUCCUCCACUCGCUCUCGGCCAAUCUCGACGUGCCACCUGGCCCAAUCGUGGAUCUCCUGUUGGCGUUUCUGCAGAACGAGAGGGAGAGGCGGUACAGAGGGACAGGGGGAGGAGGGAAGGGGGAAGGGAGGAGGGGAGGGAAAGGGGGAAGAGGAGAGGCAGGAGAGAGGGAGGAGGAAAGGAGGAGGGAGGGUGGUGGGAUGGCAAGAUGGCCUGGUGUGGGUAUGAGUGGCGGUGCUGCUGCUGCGGCAGAUGGGGAGGGGGCAUCAUGGGAGGACACGGCGCAAGUGCUCUCCAUAUGCCGCACCAUUCUCACAAGCCACGCCCUAUCAGUGGCGUUUGACCCUUUGACGCGCCUCUUCUCGUUUGUCACUCUCCAUCAUCCGGAUAUCACACUCAGGGACAGAGCCAGACGUCUUAUGACGCGCCUCCUCUCGGUUGUCACUCUCCAUCACCAUCCGGAUAUCACACUCAGGGACAGAGCCAGGAUCUUCCUGCGCCUCAUCCCAUCAGCAUCUGGUCACAUCAUCUGUCAUCUCCCCAUCACAGUUUUUGUUUUGAGGCGCCUCAAAACUAGACUACCUGCGCCUCAUCGCAUCAGCACCAGGUUUUUCCUCCGCCUCAUCACAUCAGCGCCAGGUCACAUCAUCCGUCAUCUCCUCCUCUCCUCCUCCUCCUCGUCAUCCCUCCCCCCUGCCCCUGGCCGUACCCCCAUCACGGCACCUGCUCCUGCUGCUGCUGCUGCUGCACUGUUUCCACCUCCCCUCUUUUACACUCCCGCAGGGGAUUUCUCUGAUGCUUCGGGUGGUGCUCUCUUUGCUCUCGCCUCUUCCGCUGCUGCGGCUACCACCAGAACUGAUGUCACUGCGUCGGAAGCAGUAGCAGCAGGAGGAGGAGUGGGGGGAGGAGGAGCAGCAACGGGAGCAGGAGCAGCAGCUGCAGCAGCAGCAGCGGCGGCGGCGAGAGCAGCAGCAAAUCGACUUUUAGCGGACACAGCAGAAGGACCGCCGUCCCAGCCCCAGUCCGUGAACAUGGCAGAUGCAGCAGCGUUUGCAGAGAUCGCUGCAGUCAUCAGUUCACCCUCCUCCUCCCUCUCCUCCUCGGCUCUUAAAGCGCACCUGCAGCAGCAGCAGCAGCAGCAGGAGGCUGAGUGGUAUCGGUCGCAGAGUCAGCAGACUCUUGCCUUGCUGGACACACACACUGCUGAGCUGGCAGCCAUUCUGGACGAGUAUUUUGCCACUCUGGCACGACGACAGCCUGGCGACACAGGGUCAGCGACCAUCAUUCGUGCGGUUACCAGUACCAGCAGCAGUAAGAGUGGUUUAGGUGAGAACAGUGACCAUAACAAGGAUGACAUUAUAGGGUAUGAGGAGGCUGAGGGGUUCUGGGUACGGGUGCCCUGUGUGCUGAAGCUGCUGCCAACGGCUAGAGAGGAGCUUGCCUUCGAUAUAAGCACACUGGGGCAGACUAGGGUUGCUGGUACGGAAGGUGGUGGGGGUGGUGGCAUGGGUGGUGGCAUGGGUGGUGGUUCUGCUUCUGCUCCUGCUGCUGCUGCCACGUCAGCCAUUGAUAUGAUCAUGGGAGCUGUGGUGGGGGUAUUUGCUGUGGAGCUGAGUUUCCGAACCUCGGUGUUUACCGGACCUAUUGAGCCGUGCCUGAUUCCGUGCCUGAUGAUGGCUCGGGAUGAGGGGGUGACGGGGGAGGAUGGAGAAGAGGAGGCAUGGGAAGAUGAGGAGGAGUGGGAUGAAGAGGAGUAUUGUGAGGAAGGAGUGCUGGGAAAUGAGGAAAAGGAUGAGGAUGAGGGGGAAGAGAGUGUGGAGGGAGGUGGCAGUACGAAGGACAGCAUGAGCAUUAUUGUUUUCAAACAAGACGACAAGACGGCGUCUGCAGAUGAGCCAGAGACAGCAGAACAGGAGGAGAAAGAGAAGGAAGAGGAGGAGAGAUCCUUUAACGCGGAUUUCACUAGGAGCAACCCCUCCUCUUCCUCCCACAAUCUGCUAGCAGUCACAGAUCAGACACCGUUUGACAUUGAGUUCUCGCCCCAUUGGCCGGCGCCGAUACUCGUGGCGGUAACCGUAACGUUCACGAGUCAGGACGGCCGCACGCUCACAGGCGAGCUCGCGAGCAUUCCGGUCGGCAUAGAGGAUUUCUUCAUGCCUGCUCCCUGGCCGUUCGCUAGGGGUGGUGAAAUGCAGGAGGUUGCUGGUGAAGGGGGGUUGGAUGGAGCAAGGGAAGGGAUGAGGGGUAGAGGUUUAGUGGGUGAAAGUGGUUCAGGGAACGAGGAAUUGGGGGCGUUUGAUAAGAAGGGAUUGCCUGCAGCCCGGCCUGAGUCAGUCCGCACUGUAGCUGUAACACCAGAAAUGGUGAUUGGGGCGGUGGAGCAGCAUUUGGGCCGUACAGCUGCUGUCAUUUAUUUCGCCUGA